AUCGACAAAGUAUCUCGCAUUCAGUCUCCUACUCUGGUAAUGCAUGGCACAGAUGACGAUGUGAUUGGUAUUCACCACGGACAGGAACUGCAUGCUCGCCUGCCGUACCCUCUGGAACCCCUCUGGGUAGAAGGUGCAGGCCACAAUGACAUUGAACUCUUCCCCGAGUACACCCGCCGCCUCGACAAAUUCUUCAAGGACGACCUCAUCUACGCCCAGAACUCGCCCACCUUGCUGGACCAACGAGCCGGCGAUCAACAGUAUCACGAGGAACGCGUCCGGGGUUCUUCGCCCUGUAUGCAGCUCUCGCCACGAGGCGCUCCAGAAAAACUGCAGACCAUCAAUUCUGCAGACUCAGCUUCCUUCGCUACCUCUUCUUCCUCCCCCACUUCCUCUAACCCCUCUUUGGUAUCCCCUGAUGGCCAGGUGAAUCAAAUUGACUUUGCGGCUGAAGAUGACCUAACGACGUGUCUGACACAUCUGCGGUGGCGACAUCUGCGCCGAUCAGGGGGUCGCGCCGAGGUCUUCUCGCAUCUGCUAUCCACCUGA